AUGUCGAGCAUCUCUCGUUCUCUGAACAUCCUCGCACGCACCAGCCGGGCAUCCCUGCUGCGCCCUCGCGCCGUCAACCCUAUCCAACAUGUCUUCGCUGGCACCCGUGGAUAUGCUGCUGCUUUUGAGCGUACCAAGCCCCAUGUGAAUAUUGGUACCAUUGGUCAUGUCGAUCACGGCAAGACUACCCUGACUGCCGCUAUCACCAAGCACCAGGCCUCCAAGGGUUUGGCCAACUUCCUCGACUAUGCUUCCAUUGACAAGGCUCCUGAGGAGCGUAAGCGUGGUAUCACCAUCUCAUCCGCCCAUAUUGAGUUCCAGACCGAGGCUCGCCACUAUGCCCACGUCGACUGCCCCGGUCACGCCGAUUACAUUAAGAACAUGAUUACUGGUGCCGCCAACAUGGAUGGUGCCAUUGUUGUUGUUGCUGCUUCCGAUGGUCAGAUGCCCCAGACUCGUGAGCACUUGCUACUUGCCCGUCAGGUCGGUGUCCAGAAGAUCGUUGUUUUCGUUAACAAGGUCGAUGCUGUCGAUGACCCGGAGAUGUUGGAGCUCGUUGAGCUUGAGAUGCGUGAGCUGCUCUCCACCUACGGCUUUGAGGGUGAGGAGACUCCUAUCGUCUUCGGUUCCGCCCUCUGCGCUCUCGAGGACCGCCGCCCCGACAUUGGUACUGAGCGGAUUGAUGACCUCAUGAAGGCCGUUGAUUCUUGGAUCCCUACCCCCGAGCGUGACAUGGACAAACCCUUCCUCAUGUCCGUUGAGGAAGUCUUCUCCAUCCCCGGUCGUGGUACCGUUGUGUCUGGCCGUGUUGAGCGUGGUCUUCUGAAGAAGGAUACCGAAGUUGAGAUUGUCGGUGGAGCCGAGGUCCCCAUCAAGACCAAGGUCACCGAUAUCGAGACCUUCAAGAAGAGCUGCGACGAGUCCCGUGCUGGUGACAACUCUGGUCUUCUCAUCCGUGGUAUCAAGCGUGAGGAUGUCCGCCGCGGUAUGGUUGUCGCCGCACUUGGCACCACCAAGGCUGCCCAGAACUUCCUAGUUUCCAUGUACGUUCUGACUGAGGCUGAGGGUGGUCGCCGCACUGGAUUCGGCAGCAACUACCGUCCCCAGGUCUACCUCCGUACUGCUGAUGAGCCCGGUGACCUUACCUUCCCCGGUGACGACCAGGGCAAGCGUGUCAUGCCCGGUGACAAUGUUGAGAUGGUUCUCAAGACUCACCGUCCUGUCGCUGCUGAGGCCGGUCAGCGUUUCAACAUCCGUGAGGGUGGCCGCACCGUCGCCACGGGUCUGAUCACCCGUGUGAUGGAGUAA